CGAUGGGCUGUGCCGAGUACACGAGGCUGCAUUAUUACUGACUUGUUCAAUCGCAUCGUUCAACUGCCUCCGAUUCUUCACCGGCAGGCCCCAAUGGAAUGAGCGCUUGGCACCUUGCACGUGCAAACGGCUGCCUGGUCCUCCAGCCUCGUCACUCGUCCUUGAAGCUUGUCUAGACCCAGAGGCUAUGCUUGUCUGACUGCCACUACAGCUGACACGCCUCGGGCCCUGGCUUUCUUUCCAACCUCAUCUCCAAGCAUCGCACGUCUCCAACUUGCUCACCCCAGCAAGCCGAGGGGCUCUACACUCACUGCUGCAGCACAGCCUGGUCAACAGCUGAGCCGUCAGAACUCCAUCUCCAAGUUUACUCACAGCCUUUGAAGUAACUGCAGGCCUCUGGCCUACCGCCUCCUCACUUGGAUAUCACGCUCAUUCCACAUGGACGACCUCUCAUUCCUAGACACGCCUGGCGAGCACAUUCAAGGCAAUGCAAUCCUCAAGGCCGCCCUUCCGGACGGUGAUGUCUGCCUGAUUUCAGACCGUAUCUGCCCCUUCAGGUUUCUCAGUACAUGUCCAUUGUUAUACCACGCAUUCGAAUACGACGUCCAUGGUCGCCUUCAAGCCAGCAUCGAGGCUCCAUCCGAGACUGUGCUGGUCUCGCUGCUUCGCUACUGCUACACUGGUAGCUACCUCCCGCCUAACGCAGACUACGGGCCCAAUCUGCUUCUUCCUCAUGUCGAAAUGUACAAGAUGGCCGAGGACUUUGACAGUCCCGAACUGCAGCUCCUCGCGCACGGCAACUUCUCGUGCCAGGUCGACUUUGCAUGCUGCAUACCCGCCCCUCCACCGGACCUAGUCGAAACAAUACAAUUCGUAUACCGCCACUAUUCCAGCAAACAGGCGCGCCGACAACACGGCCUCAUUGACACGCUCCUCAACUAUAGCGUCUCCAAAUUCAUAUACCACAAACUCGGGGAGAAUGCCGACUUUAUCUGCAUUGCUGCAGGGAUUCCAGAGUUUCGGCAAGACCUGUGUCGCACGAACAUGGAGCGCAACUUCGAAGACGAAUGUGCAUUUGAUAUUAUACGGCUGUGCCUCACCACCCUACAGGUCCAACCCUGUGUCCGCCCCCAAGCGCUUGCCUCAAAAGACGAAUUGCAAGAGGUAUUUAACGGAGACAACAUCGAUCACAUAGAAGAUUCAGAUAACGAGGCCAUGUCCGAUGCUGUUCCUGCUGCAGGGAACAAAGCACACAUGGCAGAGGAUACAAUCGCAAUGGCAGACUCCUCCACCACUACUCUCGUCCACCGACCCAAACCCCCACAGCCCAAUGCAAUGGAGGAUUUCGAGACACCAUCUUCUGACGAAGAAUAUGGCUUCAUGAUGGUGACAUUACCCAAGUCGCAUACCCCUGUUACUCCCGAGAGCCCAAUGUCGAGCCCCGAGGUUGUUCCUACCCCUGUCGUCGAUAUCUUGGCUGCGACCGGCACCGAUUAUUCUUCGGAUAACGAGUGGGACAUGCUAUGAGGGGUACCUUGAGGCACUACUGGGCUGGAGGAUAAAACGUAUAGCUGUUCGCAUGGGCUGCUCAAAAAAAAAUUUUAACUUGCAUGAAUCGCCCCAUGAUUGUUUUGGUUGACUAAUGUUUGUUCGUACCGGGUUAUGAGGGAAAGCAGGCGACAUAAAGAUAUUUACGCAUAUGAAUGUACGAUUCACGCUCGUUUUGGAUACAUGGCAGACUAGUGCUCGUGCUAUUGCAUGAUUCAGAGUUUUUGUAGGUGGUUUAUAGUGUUAGUCUUCAAUAU